GACGGCGCCUUUUGCACCGCCAAAUUCAAGCUCGGCGCCGCGAAUCAAACCAUCGUGACAGCGCCCUGGCAUCACGUCACUUGCUGUCAUGCACGAGGCUCGCAAAGCAUAUUCACACGGUCCAAGCUGAAUGAAUCCUUGGCACGGGCACAGCCACCGAUAGCAUCGACUUUCACGAAAAGCCCACUCAAGAAGUUCGCCUUCGCCUUCGCUUUCGCAUUCUCCUCAGUAACUAACACCCGCUGAGAUCUCGGGGUUCUAGUCAGCAUAUAUACUAUCCAUGGACGAUCCGCCGCCAUAUCAAGACUCGAGCGAAACCUACGUCCUCGGCCCAGGUGCGCAAGAUGACAUUCUCUCACCGACAACUCUCUACGUUGCGGGGCGCUUCAUCCACUCCGUUGAUCCCUGGGCGCCGCCACUGUACGAGCUCUCGCAUUCGGUCGGCUUCCUCAAGGACACGGAUCGCAAUGUACGCAUCGAAAGGCUCGACUACUCGAUGAAGCGGCGAGACGGUGUGGCCCAGCUGGCGGCGCGGAAGAGGCACAUCUAUGAUUUGAAGCAUCCUCUGCGGGUUACUGGCCCGACAUUUGCGUAUCAUGCCGAGCCUACCUCGCGGCAGAGCCUCUGCGCUUUUGGGUUGGAGAGCUUCCGGCCACGGAAACUGUCGACAACGAAAGGCUAUCGCAUUCGGCGCGCAACUGCAACCAAGUCUCUCGAUCAUCAGUUAGUGCGUCGAGACAUUCUCUUUUCCGCUAUCCCCACCAAAGACAAAGCCGUUCGAUACGAGUGGAGCGAUGCAGAUGGUCAGCUGGUAGCACGAGAAGUGACUGAGGGCAAUUUCAUGACACUGGUUGUCAGCGCGAUGAUGGGUGCUUGUGAAAGAGAUGCGCUGGUAUCAGCGUGGAUGUCGAGAGUUUGGUCAGAGCUUGCGAAGAAGACGGACCCGUUUGGUUAGGAGGACUGCAUGAGAGGUAUAUUGAACCAGACUGAUAUUUGACGAGUAAAUAGCAUAUCUUGGAUGGGUCAACGCGAUCAUGAUGUUAUGAAUUUGGUGUAUGAUAGUCAAUUUCAGUAUAUAUCCCAUAAGCUCACUUUUCC